UACAGUCGGUUUGAAUCAUCUCCAACCAGGACGGGCUUCCUGUGAAUUCGGCAACGUCAACAAUAGCCCCACCUUGACAAAAACAACGUCGCUGUCUGAGAGUUUGAUCGCUCCUUCCUUCUUAUGGAUUCCAUGGUCUUCUCCUUCUCCCGUGGACAACUUCGCCCUGGCAGAGUCCCCGUUUCCUCGCUUCUGCGUUACUCGCGACCUUUUUUCCUCCAAAUUCGUCGAAACCGUCAAUCUCGUGCUCAUUCUACUGCAAGAUAAAGACUCCCCACCAAGCCUUUCCCCAUAUUCGUGAGACAAAGCUUGGUUUUUUGCGAGAAGGAUCAAGGUUCAUUUGCAGUCUUCUUGGCCGCCGGGGAUGGUUGGAUUUGUCUCCGACGAAUUGUUGGGUACCUUUGUGCCCAUCCUGGUCUAUUGGGUAUACUCUGGGAUUUACGUCUUGUUGGAUAGGUUCGAGGAUUAUAGGUUGCACACGAGAGCUGAAGAGGAUACUAAGAAUCUUGUUUCCAAGCGGACGGUCGUGAGAGGCGUUCUACUCCAACAAGCAAUUCAAGCCGUCGUCGCCACCGCCUUGUUUGCGGUCAGUGGGAACAGUGGAAAUGCUUCCUCUGCUCAACUCUCAACCUUUACACACGUGAAGCGGUUCAUUAUUGCAAUGUUUGUGAUGGACACAUGGCAGUAUUUAAUGCAUAGAUACAUGCAUCACAACAAGUUCCUGUACAAGCAUAUUCACUCCUAUCAUCAUAGGCUUGUGGUCCCUUAUGCCUUUGGCGCCCUAUAUAAUCAUCCAGUGGAGGGUCUGCUUAUGGAUACUGUUGGUGGUGCUUUAUCAUUCCUCAUCUCAGGGAUGUCACCUCGUGCUUCCAUUUUAUUUUUCUCUUUUGCUACCAUCAAAACAGUUGAUGAUCAUUGUGGACUAUGGUUGCCCGGAAACUUGUUCCACAUUUUUUUCCAAAAUAAUACUGCAUAUCAUGAUAUUCACCAUCAACUUUAUGGAAACAAAUACAAUUUCUCACAGCCAUUCUUUGUUGUGUGGGAUAAGGUCCUUGGGACAUACAUGCCUUACACUCUUAAGCAAAGAAAAGAUGGUGGUUUAGAAGCUUAUCGAACCAAAGACUGAGGCAGAUGGUAAUAUUCUGUUCAUGUAGAGUUGCACUUAUAGGACAUGCAUAUAAAUAUAUUGGUGAACAGCGUUAUUGUAAUCUACUUUUUCUUCUUUCUUUUAAACAGAGAAUUAUCAGCUCUUAUGUGUACCUGAAUGGUCUUUAGUAUUUAAUGACAUUAUUGCAUAUAAA